AUGGCGGGUGCGUUCCGACCAGUGAACUCGUCGCUGAUGGGCGAGUCCAUCAAGGAGGAACCCAUGACGACAUCCUCAUCCUCAUCCGCCACUCCUCGACCCAGCACAGCAUCGCAACAUCCACCACAAUCACAAUCUCAUACUCUACCCGACGAUUCGAAAACGCCUACUCGAUCGACAUUUAAUUCCGCUCCCACGGAUCAAACGGGGCUGCCCAACGCUUCGCUCUCUUCAGCCGGACGACCUUCUGACCUGGCGGACGGCACCCCGCGCCGUGAAAACUCACAGCAUUCCACCAAGUCGUCCAGAAGAGACUCCAUGGACGUCGAUAUGGACGAUUCUGACGGAGAGACUGGAGCUGGAGGUGAUGACGGGACCAUUUCCGACGGAGACAGCGUUGGUCCAGACGGGUCGAAAUCAAGCAAGAAGAAAAAGUCGCAAAGAUUCUACUGCACGGACUAUCCACCAUGCAAUUUGAGCUUCACGAGGAGUGAACACUUGGCUCGACAUAUCAGAAAACAUACCGGAGAACGACCGUUUCAAUGUCAUUGCUCCCGCCGCUUCUCGCGGCUUGACAACUUGAGACAACAUGCUCAGACUGUUCACGUAAAUGAGGACAUCCCCAUUGAUUCACUUGCGGCAACUGGAUCACGGUUUCAACGGCAAAUGCGAACCACAGACAGAGUGCGACAAGCAGGUAACAGGGCCAGAGCAUCGACUAGCGGCAGUGCGGGUGGACCUGCUCGUGGACACUCCAAGAGUCUUUCCACAUCCAGUAUUGCGAGUAUCAGCUCCGUAGGUUCAGGUUACGGCCCUCAGACCGAUGCGAGGAGGCGGCCACCACCGCUGGUCAUGGCUGCAGAUCCCCGAUCCCGACUUUCACUUGAAUCAUACCGAAGCACUGCCGACAGCACAUACUCAUAUCGACCUCCUUCUCCCGGCGACUUCAGUACACCGACAUCCGCUACCUUCUCAACUGCACAAAGCAGCCCGCGGUGGGCAUCCGGGAUGGCCUCGCCUACGUCGUCACAUGUUCGCUCCCAAAGCAUGUACAGCUCGGGUAACCGGACUCCGGGUCGACGACUGAGCGUGCCCUCAAGCGCGAACCCUUUUCAAACAACCCCAGGGCGGCCAAUGUUUGGUCCUGGCCACAUGAACAGCUCACACCCGGCCGCAUUCGCACCGGCUGGCUCCAAUUUGGUUCCAUCUCCCACUUCAUCCACCUCUGGAUGGUCCACCCGGCGAGACUCUAUGUCAAGCAACAGCGACGAAGCAUGGAGAAGGCGCACAUGGCAUCCAGACAGUCGAAAUUACGGCAACCAGCCACCACAGGUACAAUCGAAUCAACUGGCCGGUGUAAACCAAAACGUGGGACCCAAUCCUCCGCCUCCUAUUGCGAACCCGUCAAGUUCUCAGUCGUCUUUGCGACUGCCCGGCAUUGAGUCUUUCGAUCCGCUCCCUCCACGUCGACACCCAACGCCACCUCCCCAGCAGCGCGGCCCUUCACCUAUGGCUAUUGAUUCGGAGGCAGCAUAUCGACGUCCGUACCAGCAAGUGGUAGGCGAGACCAUUCAGCCAGAUGAACGCCGCAACUUGAACAUGUACGAUGCCAGUCUUCAACGUGGGUUGAAUCGCCUCGACAUAAGCCACAAGACACCACCCCGUGACAGUGCUGGGAGCUGGGCCUCUGAAGCCAACAGAGCCGUCCAAGCGCAGGCUGAACGUGUCCAAGUUCAAGUCAAUCAACCGACUGUUCGCUUUGAAGACCAGGUGCCCCCGUCCAGGCAGUUUCCUCCCCAGGUACAUAGCGGACGAUCCCUCCACCAGCACACAAUGUCAGCGCCUUCCAUCACAACACGGGAGAAUAAGAGACACGGCUGGUAUCACGGACCCGUGCCGUCGCAGGCCGUUGGUGAGCAGGCAGCGCAAGACCCGCGAGGUGCCCAUGUUGAUCGCAUGGUUCACCCGAAUCUAACUGGCUUCAGCGGCUUUCCCGCCAGGGAGCAGGCACCUCCACCCCAACAGCAAGACGGUCAAGGAAAUCCAGACUCUCUUAGGCGUCUGGAAGCCCUAGUUGCUGUUGCCACGAGCGAAGGGACUGCAGCGACAGCUUACUAA